GGAUAUUUUUUGCCAUAUAUAUCAAGUCGUCGCAUGGGAUAAAUUACUUUUUCAUACGCCAAUCGUAAUCGCACCAUGAUCUAUCGCACUGGGAAUUGAAUCUGGAAUCAGUCGAUAGUCGUGCUUCUUAACUGUUAGUGUAUGCGGUGGUCCCCCAAACCGAUGAUAUCUUUGAGCAAAACGUCCAACCUGAUGUUUACGUUUUUCUUAUGGCGACUAAAAACCUUAUAAUUUCUCUAAGGCAUUUAUCUCUUGGAAUUGAACAAAAUUUCGUGCGAACCCGUUCGUUCUUAGUAAGUGAACAAAAAAGAGAUUAGACAUAAGCAACUAGAUUGGAUUAGCGUUGGUGAGACGUGAAAACGAGAAGGAGAGCAUAUUCUUCAGCUGUGAACGAGUAGACUGGAUUUGUUUCAGCGUAAUCUAACAGCAACGAAGCAAGCAAAUUCAUUCGGUGCAACAUAAGCCAUCGUAAAAGCAGCACUAUAAGCAAGAAGAGGAGCAGCUUUAAGAAUACUAACAACGGCACAGCAGCACAAUGUCUUUAUUUGAUAAUCCGGAUCAAAUACGUUUAUUGCAAAAUUUGUUGUAUCCGAAAGAUGAGAAAGACGACUCAGAUAGCGACAAUGCAGAAGAGUCUUUAGUAUGCAAUAAAUUAACGCCGGGCACUAUUGCAAAACCCGCUAGACAGACAAAUGGUUGUGAUGCGACAGGCAAGAAAGACAACUUUAAAUCUCCUUACUCUCCUGCCAAAGAGGAAUCGAAGGACCCGCUACCGAAAACCGUGGAGGAGUGGGAGCAAAUUCAAGAGAAAGAAGAGGAAUUAUUGGAUAAUCGCAAAAUACCUGAAUACAAUAUGUCGUAUUGUCAGGCCGUGGGAACAGAAGACGUCUUCCUGCAAAUGGGUAAUCGCACUAAUGCCACAGCCAGUUGUGAAGAUUUAUUGCUGGAAAUCGCUCUGCCGGAAGAAACUGUCACAGUCGACAAAAUGAAUCUUUUCAUUACGGAAACAGAUGUCGAUUUAUCAACGCCUAUAUAUCGCCUUAGGAUGCCAUUGACCCAUAAGGUUAACGUUGACCAUUGCAAGGCAAAGUAUGAUCCUGGUUCACAUAUAUUGCGUUUAACUUUGCGUUUAAAACGCGAAUUGGAUUUUGUGAAUUUUUAA